UGGGGCUCGGCCACUCGGAGCUGCUCCGCCGCGGGGACUGCACCGCCCGCCUGCCCGGACCCGCCCCGAUCCGGGAGUCCCUGCCGCCCCUAGCCCGGCCGGCAGCCUCCCACCUCUCAGACCUCUUCCAGCCGCCAGCCUGUGCCUGCCGGGCAUGGCUGUGACCUGGGGCUGAGCUUACAGGCUGAGGAGGUGGGACGGAGAUUCCUGAAGACGGAGUGAGAGAGCAAAGAGGAAGAGCAAGAGUAGAAGGAGGGGCGGGUUCCUGGCAAGGCUUUCGCUCCCAAAUAGAUUUCUGUAAAAGAUGGAGAAGGAAGAAGAAGCCACGAGGGAGCUGCUCUUGCCCAACUGGCAGGGCAGUGGUUCCCACGGCCUAACCAUCGAGCAGACAGAUGAUGGCGUCUUUGUUCAGCAAGUCGUGCAGAAUUCCCCUGCGGCACGCACGGGUGUGGUCAAGGAGGGGGACCAGAUUGUGGGGGCCACCAUCUACUUCGACAAUCUGCAGUCGGGUGAGGUGACACAGCUUCUGAAUACCAUGGGGCACCACACGGUGGGCCUGAAGCUGCACCGCAAGGGAGACCGCUCCCCAGAGCCCGGCCAGUCCUGGUCCCACGAUAGCGCCUUCACCCAGUGCUCUGAGGUGGUGCUGAGCGGGGGUGAUGAGGACUACCAGCGGAUCUACAUGACAAAAAUCAAGCCUCGACUGAAGUCGGAGGACGGGGCAGAAGGCAGCGAGCUUGGGGAGACCCAGAGCCGCACCAUCACAGUGACCAGAAAGGUCACAGCCUACACCGUGGAUGUGACGGGCCGAGAGGGGGCCAGGGAGAUUGACAUCAACAGCCCCGAGUUCAAGAUCAAGAUCCCAAGGCACGAGCUGACAGAAGUCUCUACGACGGACGUGGAGACCGAGCGUGGGAAGACCGUGAUUCGGCUGCCGCCGAGCCCUGGGAUGGCCGUUCAGACCACAGGCUACAGUGUUGAUUUUAGGGCGACUGGACCCGAGCUCCAAGGGCUUGAAGCCGCUGGUGCUGGCCACUCCAAGGUCCAGGUGACCACACCUGGGAUCCAGCUGCAAGGCUUGGGUGCUGGCGCUAGUGGCAAAGGAGGAUCUGUCACUGGCCCUGGGGUCCGGGUUCCAGGAGUGGAAGUUUCAUCUUCCCUCGGAGGCGGGACUGUUGAUCUCCAGCGCCCAUCCAUAGAUAACAUAAACAUUCCCACCAUGAAGUUACCCAAGUUUGGCUUCCCAGCAGCAGGACCUGAGAUCCAGGGCCCAGAGGCAGGCCUGGGCAUCUGCUCACCAGGCAUCUCUGUGGGGCCUGGGGGUGAUGGUUCCGGUUUGGCAGUGAGCGGAAAUGUCCAGGGUCCUAAACUGGAAGUCACAGCUCCAUCUGUCCAUGUUGAGGGAGUCAAAGGGAAGCUGAAGGGUCCUACAAUCACCACCCCAUCGUUGGAGGGCGACCUUGGCCCAAAAGGCAUCGUGCUUCCAGGUGCUGGAGGCUUGGAUGUCUCCGCAUCCAAAGGACACGUUGGCAUCAAAGGCCCUGCUGUGGAACUUGGAGCUCCAGAAAUGGAUCCUCAUGGGGCCAGUGGAAAACUGAAGAUGCCUCAGAUGAAAGUCCCCAAGUUUUCUGUGUCUGGUUCCAAAGGGGAAGGAGCUGCUGUGGACAUAACAUUGCCCGAGGGAGAAGUGAACCUUCCCAGUGUCACUGGAAAUGUCAGCUUGCCAGAAGUAUCCAUCAGUGGGCCCGAGGGGAAAAUCAAAGACCCUAAAUUCAAGACCCCAGAGAUGAUAAUUCAGAAACCUAAAAUCUCCAUGCAGGAUGUAGACCUGAGCCUCAGGUCCCCCAAAUUUAAAGGGGAUAUGAAGGCGUCAGGUCCAGGAAUACAAGGGGAUAUAAAAGGUCCUCAGAUAAUCAUGAAAGAGCCGACAGUGGAUGUUAAGGCACCCAGCCUAGAGGGGUCCCUGACCGGGCCCAAGAUUGGCAGUCCAUCUGGGAAAAUGGGGACCUGCAAAAUCAGCAUGGCUGAUGUUGAUCUGAACGUAGGUGCCCCCAAAAUAAAGGGCCAGGUGGACAUCGCCUCCCCGAAAGUAGAAGGGCAAGUCAAAGGACCUGAGCUAGACAUUAAAGGCCCCAGAGUGGACGUCAGUGCCCCAGAUGUGGAUGUACACGGGCCUGAGUGGCACCUGAAUAUGCCCAAGAUGAAGAUGCCCAAGUUCAGUGUGCCAGGGAUCAAGGGGGAGGGGCCAGAGGUCAAUGUGAACCUGCCCAAGGGAGACAUUAAUGUUUCAGGGCCUGGCAUCGACAUUGCAGCCCCACAGGUCAACCUUGGAGGCCCAGAGGAAAAAGUGAAAGGGCCUGGGGUCAAGGUACCAGAUGUGAAUAUCAAGGCCCCGAAGAUCUCCAUGCCAGACGUAGAUCUGCACCUCAAAGGUACAAAGGUGACAGGAGAAUAUGAUGUGACCAUCCCAAAACUGGAAGGGGAUCUGAAAGGCCCCAAAGUGGACGUCAGCACCCCGGAUGUGGAGCUCCACGGGCCAGAGUGGAACGUCAAGAUGCCCAAGAUGAAGAUGCCCAAGUUCAGUGUGCCAGGGUUCAAGGGGGAGGGCCCCGAGGUGGAUGUGAACUUGCCCAAAGCAGACCUUGAUAUUUCUGGGCCCAAAGUGGACAUUGAAGCUCCAGCUGUGAAUGUGGAGGUCCCAGAAGGGAAACUGAAGGGUCCCAAGUUUAAGAUGCCUGAGAUGAAUUUCAAGACCCCAAAGAUUUCCAUGCCAGACUUCCAUUUGAAGGGCCCCAAGGUGAAGGGAGAAUAUGAUGUGACCUCUCCCAAACUAGAAGGUGAGGGGAAAGUUCCAGAUGUGGAACUGAAAGGGGCCAAAAUGGAUGUCAGCGCCCCAGAUGUGGAGCUCCAUGGGCCAGAGUGGAACCUCAAGAUGCCUAAAGUGAAAAUGCCCAAGUUCAGUGUGCCAGGGUUCAAGGGGGAGGGGCCAGAGGUGGAUGUGAGCCUGCCUAAAGCAGAUGUUGACAUUUCCGGGCCCAAGGUGGACGUUGAUGUUCCAGAUGUGAAUAUUGAAGGCCCAGAAGGGAAAGUCAAAGGCCCUAAAUUUAAAAUGCCUGAGAUGAAUAUUAAGGCCCCAAAGAUUUCUAUGCCAGAUGUGGAUUUGCAUGUGAAAGCCCCCAAAGUGAAGGGAGAAUAUGAUGUUUCAGUUCCCAAACUGGAAGGAGAUCUGAAAAGCCCCAAAGUGGAUGUCAGUGCCCUAGAUGUGGACAUCCAUGGGCCUGAGUGGAACCUGAAAAUGCCCAAGGUGAAGAUGCCAAAGUUCAGCAUGCCAGGCUUCAAGGGGGAAGGACCAGAUGUGGAUGUGAGCCUGCCCAAAGCAGAUGUUGACAUUUCUGGGCCCAAGGUGGACAUUGAUGUUCCAGAUGUGGACAUUGAAGGGCCAGAAGGAAAACUGAAGGGCCCCAAAUUCAAGAAGCCUGACAUGCACUUCAAGGCCCCCAAGAUCUCCAUGCCCGAUAUUGACUUGAACCUGAAAGGCCCCAAAGUGAAGGGAGAUGUGGAUGUGUCUGUGCCCAAGAUUGAAGGUGAGGUGAAGGUUCCUGAUGUAGACAUCAAGGGCCCCAGAGUGGGAUGCACCCCAGAUGUGGACGUCCAUGGGCCCGAGUGGAAUUUGAAGAUGCCCAAGAUGAAGAUGCCCAAGUUCAGCAUGCCAGGCUUUAAGGGGGAGGGCCCAGAUGUGGAUGUGAGCCUGCCCAAAGCUGAUAUUGACAUUUCUGGGCCUAAGGUGGACAUUGAUGUUCCAGAUGUGGACAUUGAAGGGCCAGAAGGGAAAUUGAAGGGCCCCAAGUUCAAGAUGCCCGACAUGCACUUCAAGGCCCCCAAGAUCUCCAUGCCAGAUGUGGACCUGCAUUUGAGAGGCCCCAAAGUGAAGGGAGACAUGGAUGUGGAUGUGUCUGUGCCCAAGAUUGAAGGUGAGGUGAAGGUUCCUGAUGUAGACAUCAAGGGCCCCAGAGUGGAUGUUAGUGCCCCAGAUGUGGACGUCCAUGGGCCCGAGUGGAAUUUGAAGAUGCCCAAGAUGAAGAUGCCCAAGUUCAGCAUGCCUGGGUUCAAGGGGGAGGGCCCAGAUGUGGAUGUGAGCCUGCCUAAAGCAGAUGUUGACAUUUCUGGGCCCAAAGUGGACAUUGAUGUUCCAGAUGUGGACUUAGAGUGCCCAGAUGCCAAACUGAAGGGUCCCAAGUUCAAGAUGCCUGACAUGCACUUCAAGGCCCCCAAGAUCUCUAUGCCAGAUGUGGACCUGCAUUUGAGAGGCCCCAAAGUGAAGGGAGACAUGGAUGUGGAUGUGUCUGUGCCCAAGAUAGAAGGUGAGGUGAAGGUUCCUGAUGUAGACAUCAAGGGCCCCAAAGUGGAUGUCAGCACCCCAGAUUUGGAUGUCCUUGGGCCUGAGUGGAAUUUGAAGAUGCCCAAGAUGAAGAUGCCCAAGUUCAGUAUGCCCGGCUUCAAGGGGGAAGGACCAGAUGUGGAUGUGAGCCUGCCCAAAGCAGAUGUUGACAUUUCUGGGCCUAAAGUGGACAUUGAUAUUCCAGAUGUGGAUAUUGAAGGGCCAGAAGGGAAAUUGAAGGGCCCCAAAUUCAAGAUGCCUGACAUGCACUUCAAGGCCCCCAAGAUCUCUAUGCCUGAUAUUGACUUGAACCUGAAAGGCCCCAAGAUGAAGGGAGAUGUGGGUGUGUCUGUGCCCAAAAUAGAAGGUGAGGUGAAGGUUCCUGACGUGAACAUCAAGGGGCCCAAGUUGGACAUUAAUGCCCCAGAUGUGGACGUCCAUGGGCCCGAGUGGAACUUGAAGAUGCCCAAGAUGAAGAUGCCCAAGUUCAGCAUGCCUGGGUUCAAGGGGGAAGGCCCAGAUGUGGAUGUGAGCCUGCCCAAAGCAGAUGUUGACAUUUCUGGGCCCAAGGUGGACAUUGAUGUUCCAGAUGUGGACAUUGAAGGGCCAGAAGGGAAAUUGAAGGGCCCCAAGUUCAAGAUGCCUGACAUGCACUUCAAGGCCCCCAAGAUCUCUAUGCCAGAUGUGGACCUGCAUUUGAGAGGCCCCAAAGUGAAGGGAGACAUGGAUGUGGAUGUGUCUGUGCCCAAGAUAGAAGGUGAGGUGAAGGUUCCUGAUGUAGACAUCAAGGGCCCCAAAGUGGAUAUAAAUGCUCCAAGUGUGAAUAUUGAAGGUCCAGAUGCAAAAUUUAAAAGUCCCAAAUUCAAGCUUCCUGAAAUGAACAUAAAGCCUCAGAAGAUCUCUAUGCCAGAUGUUGGCUUGCAUUUGAAAGGUCCCAAGGUGAAGGGAGAAUAUGAAGUCAGGGCUCCAAAGAUAGAAGGUGAGAUGGAGGUGCCAGAUGUGGAACUGAAAGGUCCUGAGGUAGACAUCAGUGCCCCCGAUGUGGAUGUCCGUGGACCAGACUGGCAUCUGAAAAUGCCCAAGAUGAAAAUGCCCAAGUUCAGCAUGCCAGGGUUCAAGGGGGAGAGCCCAGAUGUGGAUGUCAACCUUCCCAAGGCAGAUAUCAACAUCUCAGGCCCCAAGGUGAACCUUGAGGCUCCAGAUGUGAAUCUAGAAGGUCCAGAGGGGAAGAUCAAAGGCCCCAAGUUCAAGAUGCCCAGCAUGAAUAUCCACACACACAAAAUAUCUAUGCCUGAUGUGGGACUCAAUUUGAAAUCACCCAAAUUAAAGGGUGAUUUGGAUGUUUCUCUCCCCAAAGUAGAAGGAGACUUAGCAGGUCCUAAAGUUGACUUAAAAGGCCCCAAGGUGGAUGUGGACAUUGGGGAUGUUGAUCUUGAAGGUCCAGAAGGAAAGAUAAAAGGCCCCAAGUUCAAGAUGCCCGACAUGCACUUCAAGGCCCCCAAGAUCUCCAUGCCAGAUGUGGACCUGCAUUUGAGAGGCCCCAAAGUGAAGGGAGACAUGGAUGUGGAUGUGUCUGUGCCCAAGAUUGAAGGUGAGGUGAAGGUUCCUGAUGUAGACAUCAAGGGCCCCAGAGUGGAUGUUAGUGCCCCAGAUGUGGACGUCCAUGGGCCCGAGUGGAAUUUGAAGAUGCCCAAGAUGAAGAUGCCCAAGUUCAGCAUGCCUGGGUUCAAGGGGGAGGGCCCAGAUGUGGAUGUGAGCCUGCCUAAAGCAGAUGUUGACAUUUCUGGGCCCAAGGUGGACAUUAAAGCACCAGAUGUAAAUAUUGAAGGGCCAGAUGCCAAACUGAAGGGCCCCAAGUUCAAAAUGCCCGACAUGCACUUCAAGGCCCCCAAGAUCUCCAUGCCAGAUGUGGACCUGCAUUUGAGAGGCCCCAAAGUGAAGGGGGAUGUAGAUGUGUCUGUGCCCAAGUUGGAGGGAGAUAUCAAAGGUCCCAGUGUGGAUGUCGAGGUGCCCGAUGUGGACCUGGAGUGCCCAGAUGCCAAGCUGAAGGGCCCCAAGUUCAAGAUGCCCGACAUGCACUUCAAGGCCCCCAAGAUCUCCAUGCCAGAUGUGGACCUGCAUUUGAGAGGCCCCAAAGUGAAGGGGGAUGUAGACGUGUCUGUGCCCAAGUUGGAGGGAGAUAUCAGGGGUCCCAAUGUGGAUGUCGAGGUGCCUGAUGUGGACCUGGAGUGCCCAGAUGCUAAGCUGAAGGGCCCCAAGUUCAAGAUGCCCGACAUGCACUUCAAGGCCCCCAAGAUCUCCAUGCCAGAUGUGGACCUGCAUUUGAGAGGCCCUAAAGUGAAGGGAGACAUGGAUGUGGAUGUGUCUGUGCCCAAGAUUGAAGGUGAUGUGAAGGUGCCUGAUGUGGAUAUUAAAGGCCCCAAAGUGGAUGUCAGUGCCCCAGAUGUGGAUGUCCAUGGACCUGAGUGGAAUUUGAAGAUGCCCAAGAUGAAGAUGCCCAAGUUCAGUAUGCCAGGCUUCAAGGGGGAGGGCCCAGAUGUGGAUGUGAGCCUACCUAAAGCAGAUGUUGACAUUUCUGGGCCCAAGGUGGACAUUGAUGUUCCAGAUGUGGAUUUAGAGUGCCCAGAUGCCAAACUGAAGGGUCCCAAGUUCAAGAUGCCCGACAUGCACUUCAAGGCCCCCAAGAUCUCCAUGCCAGAUGUGGACCUGCAUUUGAGAGGCCCCAAAGUGAAGGGGGAUGUAGACGUGUCUGUGCCCAAGCUGGAGGGAGAUAUCAAGGGUCCCAGUGUGGAUGUCGAGGUGCCCGAUGUGGACCUGGAGUGCCCAGAUGCCAAGCUGAAGGGCCCCAAGUUCAAGAUGCCCGACAUGCACUUCAAGGCCCCCAAGAUCUCCAUGCCAGAUGUGGAUUUCAACUUGAAGGGCCCUAAGAUCAAAGGAGAUGUUGAUGUUUCUGUGCCCAAAAUAGAAGGUCCAGAAUUAGAUGUUAAAGGUCCCAAAUUGGAUGUUGACAUGCCAGAUGUGAAUGUUGAAGGUCCUGAAGGCAAGUGGAAAGGUCCAAAAUUUAAGAUGCCCGACAUGCACUUCAAGGCCCCCAAGAUCUCCAUGCCAGAUGUGGAUCUACAUUUGAAAGGCCCCAAAAUGAAGGGGGAUGUGGAUGUGUCUAUACCCAAGAUAGAAGGUGAGGUGAAGGUGCCUGAUGUGGACAUCAAGGGGCCCAAGUUGGACAUUAAUGCCCCAGAUGUGGAUGUCCAUGGGCCUGAGUGGAACCUCAAGAUGCCCAAGAUGAAGAUGCCCAAGUUCAGCAUGCCAGGGUUCAAGGGGGAAGGCCCAGAUGUGGAUGUGAGCCUGCCCAAAGGAGAUAUUAAUAUUUCAGGGCCCAAAGUGGAUAUUGAUGCACCUGAUGUGACUCUAGAAGGCCCGGAGGGGAAGAUCAAAGGCCCCAAGUUCAAGAUGCCUGAGAUGAACAUCAAGGCCCCCAAGAUCUCCAUGCCCGAUUUUGACUUGCAUCUGAAAGGCCCCAAAGUGAAGGGAGAUGUGGAUGUGUCUGUGCCCAAGAUAGAAGGUGAGGUGAAGGUUCCUGAUGUGGACAUCAAGGGCCCCAAAGUGGAUGUCAGCGCCCCAGAUGUGGACGUCCAUGGGCCCGAGUGGAAUUUGAAGAUGCCCAAGAUGAAGAUGCCCAAGUUCAGCAUGCCAGGCUUUAAGGGGGAGGGCCCAGAUGUGGAUGUGAGCCUGCCCAAAGCUGAUAUUGACAUUUCUGGGCCUAAGGUGGACAUUGAUGUUCCAGAUGUGAGCGUUGAGGCCCCUGAGGGAAAGAUCAAAGGUCCCAAGUUCAAAAUGCCUGACAUGCACAUCAAGGCUCCGAAAAUGUCUAUGCCUGAUGUGGACCUUAAUCUGAAAGGCCCCAAAAUGAAAGGAGAUGUGGAUAUCUCUGGGCCAAAGCUGGAAGGAGAUCUGAAGGGCCCUGAGCUUGACAUCAAAGGCCCCAAAGUAGACAUCAGUGCCCCAGAUGUGGACAUCCAUGGGCCAGACUGGAACUUGAAAAUGCCCAAGGUGAAGAUGCCCAAAUUCAGCAUGCCAGGCUUCAAAGGAGAGGGUCCUGAGGUGGAUGUGAGCCUGCCCAAGGCAGAUGUUGACAUUACAGGACCUAAUGUGGAAGUUGAGGCUCCAGAUGUGAAUAUUGAAGGGCCAGAAGGGAAGUGGAAAAGUCCCAAGUUUAAGAUGCCUGAUAUACAUUUUAAAACCCCAAAGAUAUCAAUGCCAGAAAUUGACCUUAAUUUGAAAGGCCCCAAAGUAAAAGGAGAUGUAGAUGUUUCAGUCCCUAAGUUGGAAGGGGACAUCAAAGGCCCUGAGCUUGACAUCAAAGGCCCCAAAGUGGAUGUCAGUGCCCCAGAUGUGGACAUCCAUGGGCCAGAUUGGAACUUGAAAAUGCCCAAGGUGAAGAUGCCCAAAUUCAGCAUGCCAGGGUUCAAAGGGGAAGGCCCAGAGGUGGAUGUGAGCCUGCCCAAGGCAGACAUUGACAUUUCAGGCCCCAAGGUGGACAUCGAGACUCCAGAUGUGACUCUAGAAGGUCCAGAGGGGAAGAUCAAAGGCCCCAAGUUCAAGAUGCCUGAGAUGAACAUCAAGGCCCCCAAGAUCUCCAUGCCCGAUUUUGACUUGAAUCUGAAAGGUCCCAAAGUGAAAGGAGAUGUGGAUGUUUCUCUGCCCAAAGUGGAAGGGGAGAUGAAAGUGCCAGAUGUAGAACUGAAGGGUCCUAAGGUGGACAUCAGUGCUCCAGAUGUGGAUGUCCAUGGGCCAGAUUGGAACUUGAAAAUGCCCAAGGUGAAGAUGCCCAAGUUCAGCAUGCCAGGGUUCAAAGGGGAGCGCCCAGAGGUGGAUGUGAGCCUGCCCACAGACAUUGACAUUUCAGGCCCCAAGGUGGACAUCGAGGCUCCAGAUGUGAGUAUAGAAGGCCCAGAGGGGAAGAUCAAAGGCCCCAAGUUCAAGAUGCCUGAGAUGAACAUCAAGGCCCCCAAGAUUUCCAUGCCCGAUUUUGACUUGAAUCUGAAAGGCCCUAAAGUCAAGGGAGAUGUAGAUGUGUCUGUGCCCAAGAUAGAAGGUGAGGUGGAAGUUCCAGAUGUGAACAUCAAAGGCCCCAAAGUGGACAUCAGUGCUCCAGAUGUGGAUGUCCAUGGCCCAGAUUGGAAUUUGAAAAUGCCCAAGAUGAAGAUGCCCAAGUUCAGCAUGCCAGGGUUCAAGGGAGAGGGACCAGAUGUAGAUGUGAAUCUUCCCAAAGCAGACAUUGACCUUUCUGGACCCAAGGUGGACAUUGAGGCUCCUGACAUUAACAUUGAGGGUCCAGAUGCAAAAGUGAAAGGCCCCAAAUUUAAAAUGCCUGAGAUGAAUAUUAAGGCUCCCAAGAUCUCAAUGCCAGACUUGGACCUCAAUCUUAAGGGUCCUAAAAUUAAAGGUGAUGUGGAUGUGACCCUUCCAAAGGUAGAGGGUGAUUUGAAAGGGCCAUCUCUUGACAUCAAAGGCCCCAAGGUGGACAUUGAUGCCCCAGAUAUUGACAUCCACGGCAAAGGUCCAAAACUCAAGAUGCCCGACAUGCAAGUCAACAUGCCCAAGAUUUCCAUGCCAGAGAUAGAUCUCAAUUUGAAAGGCCCCAAAAUCAAGGGAGAUGUUGAUAUCUCUGCGCCCAAAUUAGAAGGUGACAUCAAAGGUCCCAAAGUGGACUUAAAGGGCCCAGAGGUUGACAUUGCAGCCCCUAAAGUCAACAUUGAGGGGAAAUCAAAGAAAUCACGUUUCAAGCUUCCCAAGUUUCACUUCUCAGGCCCCAAAGUUCAAACCCCGGAGGUAGAUGCCAAACUCAAGAAGCCAGAUGUUGACAUUUCAGGCCCCAAAGUGGAUAUACAUGCCCCUGAUGUGGAGGUGCAGGGCAAAGCAAAAGGCCCAAAGUUCAAAAUGCCCUUUCUGAGCAUUUCUUCACCCAAGGUCUCGAUGCCAGAUGUAGAGUUAAAUCUGAAGGGCCCCAAAGUGAAGGGAGACCUGGAUGUUGUGGGCCCAACCUUGGAAGGUGAUUUGAAAGGUCCUAAAGUAGAUCUUAAGACACCAGAAGUACAUCUUGAAGCACCUGAUAUGGAUGUCCAUGGCCCAGACUUUAAUGUGAAGAUGCCCAAGAUGAAGAUGCCCAAAUUCAGCGUGCCUGGGUUCAAGGGAGAAGGCCCAGAGGUGGAUGUGAGCCUGCCCAAGGCAGACAUUGACAUUUCAGGCCCCAAGGUGGACAUCGAGACUCCAGAUGUGACUCUAGAAGGUCCAGAGGGGAAGAUCAAAGGCCCCAAGUUCAAGAUGCCUGAGAUGAACAUCAAGGCCCCCAAGAUCUCCAUGCCUGACUUGGACUUGCAUCUGAAAGGCCCCAAAGUGAAGGGAGAUGUGGAUGUGUCCCUUCCCAAGGUGGAGGGGGAUCUGAAAGGCCCUGAGCUUGACAUCAAAGGCCCCAAAGUGGACAUUGAUGUUCCAGAUGUGGACAUUGAAGGCCCAGAAGGAAAGCUGAAAGGGCCCAAGUUCAAGAUGCCAGACAUGCAUUUCCAUGCCCCCAAGAUCUCCAUGCCCGACUUUGACUUGAACCUGAAAGGCCCUAAGGUGAAGGGAGAUGUGGAUGUGUCCCUUCCCAAGGUGGAGGGGGAUCUGAAAGGCCCUGAGCUUGACAUCAAGGGCCCCAAAGUGGAUGUCAGUGCCCCAGAUGUGGAUGUCCAUGGGCCAGAUUGGAACUUAAAAAUGCCCAAGGUGAAGAUGCCCAAAUUCAGCAUGCCAGGGUUCAAAGGAGAAGGCCCAGAGGUGGAUGUGAGCCUGCCCAAGGCAGACAUUGACAUUUCAGGCCCCAAGGUGGACAUCGAGACUCCAGAUGUGACUCUAGAAGGUCCAGAGGGGAAGAUCAAAGGCCCCAAGUUCAAGAUGCCUGAGAUGAACAUCAAGGCCCCCAAGAUCUCCAUGCCCGAUUUUGACUUGAAUCUGAAAGGCCCCAAAGUGAAAGGAGAUGUGGAUGUGUCUGUGCCCAAGAUAGAAGGUGAGGUGAAGGUUCCUGAUGUGGACAUCAAGGGCCCUAACGUGGAUAUCGGUGCCCCAGAUGUGGAUGUCCAUGGGCCAGAUUGGAACCUCAAGAUGCCCAAGAUGAAGAUGCCUAAGUUCAGCAUGCCAGGCUUCAAGGGGGAGGGCCCAGAUAUGGAUGUGAGUCUGCCCAAAGCAGAUGUUGAUAUUUCUGGGCCUAAAGUGGACAUUGAUGUUCCAAAUGUGGACAUUGAAGGGCCAGAAGGAAAGCUGAAGGGCCCCAAAUUCAAGAUGCCUGACAUGCACUUCAAGGCCCCCAAGAUCUCUAUGCCUGAUAUUGACUUGAACCUGAAAGGCCCCAAGAUGAAGGGAGAUGUGGAUCUGUCUCUGCCCAAAGUGGAAGGUGAUCUGAAAGGUCCUCAAGUGGAUAUCAAGGGCCCCAAAUUGGACAUAGAUACACCUGACCUUGACAUUCAUGGCCCAGAAGGAAAGCUGAAGGGCCCCAAGUUCAAAAUGCCUGACCUGCAUCUCAAGGCCCCCAAAAUCUCUAUGCCAGAUGUGGAUCUGAACCUGAAAGGCCCUAAGGUAAAGGGAGAUGUGGAUGUGUCCCUUCCCAAGGUGGAGGGGGAUCUGAAAGGCCCUGAGCUUGACAUCAAAGGCCCCAAAGUAGAUGUCAGUGCCCCAGAUGUUGACGUCCAUGGGCCAGAUUGGAACUUGAAAAUGCCCAAGGUGAAGAUGCCCAAAUUCAGCAUGCCAGGGUUCAAAGGAGAAGGCCCAGAGGUGGAUGUGAGUCUGCCCAAGGCAGACAUUGACAUUUCAGGCCCCAAGGUGGACAUCGAGGCCCCUGAUCUAAGUAUUGAAGGGCCCGAAGGGAAACUGAAGGGUCCCAAGUUCAAGAUGCCUGAGAUGAACAUCAAGGCCCCCAAGAUCUCCAUGCCCGAUUUUGACUUGCAUCUGAAAGGCCCCAAAGUGAAGGGAGAUGUGGAUGUGUCCCUUCCCAGGGUGGAAGGGGAUCUGAAAGGCCCUGAGCUUGACAUCAAAGGCCCCAAAGUGGACAUUGAUGUUCCAGAUGUGGACAUUGAAGGCCCAGAAGGAAAGCUGAAAGGGCCCAAGUUCAAGAUGCCAGACAUGCAUUUCCAUGCCCCUAAAUCUUCCAUGCCCGACUUUGACUUGAACCUGAAAGGCCCUAAGGUGAAGGGAGAUGUGGAUGUGUCCCUUCCCAAGGUGGAAGGAGACCUCAAAGGACCCCACAUGGAUUUUAAAGGUCCUGAGCUGGACAUUGAGGGUCCCGAGGGGAAACUGAAGGGUCCUAAAUUCCACAUGCCUGAUGUGCAUUUCAAGACCCCCCAGAUUUCCAUGAGUGAAAUUGACUUGAACCUGAAAGGCCCCAAGAUGAAGGGAGAUGUGGAUCUGUCUCUGCCCAAAGUGGAAAGUGAUCUGAGAGGUCCUCAAGUGGAUAUCAAGGGCCCCAAAUUGGACAUAGAUACACCUGACCUUGACAUUCGCCCAGAAGGAAAGCUGAAGGGCCCCAAGUUCAAAAUGCCUGACCUGCAUCUCAAGGCACCCAAAAUCUCUAUGCCAGAUGUGGACCUGAACCUGAAAGGCCCUAAGGUAAAGGGAGAUGUAGAUGUAUCCCUUCCCAAGGUGGAGGGGGAUCUGAAAGGCCCUGAGCUUGACAUCAAGGGCCCCAAAUUGGACAUAGAUACACCUGACCUUGACAUUCAUGGCCCAGAAGGAAAGCUGAAGGGCCCCAAGUUCAAAAUGCCUGACCUGCAUCUCAAGGCCCCCAAAAUCUCUAUGCCAGAUGUGGAUCUGAACCUGAAAGGCCCUAAGGUAAAGGGAGAUGUAGAUGUGUCCCUUCCCAAGAUAGAGGGGGAUCUGAAGGGCCCUGAGCUUGAUGUCAAAGGCCCCAAAGUGGAUGUCAGUGCCCCAGAUGUGGACGUCCAUGGGCCAGAUUGGAACUUGAAAAUGCCCAAGGUGAAGAUGCCCAAAUUCAGCAUGCCAGGGUUCAAAGGAGAGGGCCCAGAGGUGGAUGUGAGCCUGCCCAAGGCAGACAUUGACAUAUCUGGUCCCAAGGUGAACAUUGAGGCUCCAGAUGUGAGUAUAGAAGGCCCAGAGGGGAAGAUCAAAGGCCCCAAGUUCAAGAUGCCUGAGAUGAACAUCAAGGCCCCCAAGAUCUCCAUGCCUGACUUGGACUUGCAUCUGAAAGGCCCCAAAGUGAAGGGAGAUGUGGAUGUGUCCCUUCCCAAGGUGGAGGGGGAUCUGAAAGGCCCUGAGCUUGACAUCAAAGGCCCCAAAGUGGACAUUGAUGUUCCAGAUGUGGACAUUGAAGGCCCAGAAGGAAAGCUGAAAGGGCCCAAGUUCAAGAUGCCAGACAUGCAUUUCCAUGCCCCCAAGAUCUCCAUGCCCGACUUUGACUUGAACCUGAAAGGCCCUAAGGUGAAGGGAGAUGUGGAUGUGUCCCUUCCCAAGGUGGAGGGGGAUCUGAAAGGCCCUGAGCUUGACAUCAAGGGCCCCAAAGUGGAUGUCAGUGCCCCAGAUGUGGAUGUCCAUGGGCCGGAUUGGAACUUAAAAAUGCCCAAGGUGAAGAUGCCCAAAUUCAGCAUGCCAGGGUUCAAAGGAGAAGGCCCAGAGGUGGAUGUGAGCCUGCCCAAGGCAGACAUUGACAUUUCAGGCCCCAAGGUGGACAUCGAGGCCCCUGAUCUAAGUAUUGAAGGGCCCGAAGGGAAACUGAAGGGUCCCAAGUUCAAGAUGCCUGAGAUGAACAUCAAGGCCCCCAAGAUCUCUAUGCCUGAUGUUGACUUGCAUCUGAAAGGGCCCAAAUUAAAGGGAGAUUUUGACGUGUCUGUUCCUAAGCUUGAAGGUAAUCUGAAGGGUCCUGAAGUUGACUUUCAGGGUCCCAGUUUGGAUCUCCAAGGCCCUGAUGCCAAAUUAAGUGGCCCAGGCUUGAAAAUGCCAUCACUAGACGUUUCUGGGCCUAAAGUAUCUGCUCCUGAUGUGGACUUGCAUCUCAAGUCACCUAAGUUUGGCAUGUCUGGUCCCAAGAUAGAAGGUGGUGAAUUGUACCUGACGGGCCCCACGGUGGAUCUGGAAACACCAAGUUUGAAUGUUGAGAGCCCGGACCUGAACAUUGAGGGGCCAGAUGUUAAAAUGCCAAAAUUUAAGAAACCUAAAUUUGGCUUUGGGGCUAAAGGCCCAAAGGCAGACAUCAAGUCCCCUUCAGUAGACGUCACCGUUCCGGAAGCAGGACUGAACGUCGAGUCUCCAGAUAUCAGCGUCAGCGGGAAGGGCAAGAAAAUGAAGUUUAAAAUGCCUAGGAUCCAUAUGAGUGGCCCUAAAAUCAAGGCCAAAAAACAGGGAUUUGAUUUGAAUGCCCCUGAGGGUGAAAUUGAUGCCAGUCUCAAAACUCCAGACCUAGACGUCAACGUGGCAGCUCCCGAUGCUUCUCUUAAGGUGGAUGUGAAAUCUCCCAAGACUAAGAAGCCGAUGUUUGGGAAAAUGUACUUCCCUGAUGUAGAAUUUGAUAUCAAAUCUCCCAAGUUCAAAGCAGAGGCCCCACUUCCCAGCCCCAAACUGGAAGGAGAGAUCCAAACACCCGGACUGGAAGUUUCAUCUCCCGGAAUUAAAGCAGGGCUCAAGGGACCUGGGCUGGAGGCUGGGUCUGUUGGCCUGAGUGGGAGUCUUCCUAGUGCCAACGUGGAAGGGCCUGACAUCCAUCUGAAGGCACCAAAGUUCAAGGGGCCAGGUGGGAGCAUCGAUUUCUCAGGGCCAAAGAUAGAGGGAGAUCUGAAGGUGCCCAGUGUCCAAGCCAACUUGGAUGCCUCUGAUAUCAACAUUGAAGUCCCUGAUGCCAGAGUGAAAGCUCCCUCCUUUGGCAUCUCAUCUCCUCAAGUAUCUAUCCCUGAUGUGAAUGUCAGCUUGAAAGGACCAAAUAUAAAGGGUGAUGUCCCCAAAGUGGAGUUGGAAGGACCAGAUGUUGAUCUGAAGGGUUCAGAUGUAAAAAUCCAGUUCCCUAAGUUUUCCUUGCCCAAGAUUGGAGUACCUGGUCUGAAGGUGGAGGGUGGGGGAGCUGAUUUUCAUGGCCAGCUCCCCUCUCUUGAAGGAGGUGUGAGUGCCCCUAACCUCAAGUUUGAAGGGCCUGAUGUAACACUGAGAGGACCCCACGGAAAUGUGCCUUCAAUGAACCUCUCUGGGCCGGAUCUUGACUUGAAUUUGAAAGGACCAAAGCUGAAGGGAGACCUGGAUGUUUCUGGGGGUGUUGUGGGUCCCAAGGUGAGUGUGGACACCCCAGGCCUUGACCUCAAAGGAGCUGGUGGGAAAUUGAAGAUGGAAGGUGGUGGCAGAUUUUCUGCAGAGGGAGGAGUGAAAGUGCCUGGUGUCGACAUCAAUUUAGAGACUCCAAAAUUGAACGUCGGCAUGGCCGAUGUGAAUCUGAAGGGACCAAACCUGAAGGGAGACUUGGGUCUAGCUGGUGACAUCAAGGGUCCCAAAGUGUCGGUGGAGGCCCCAGCUGUCGGUUUGGAGGCACCGGGGGGAGCUAUUAAACUCCCCCAAAUGAAGCUGCCCCAAUUCGGCAUCUCCUCUCAAGGGUCUAACCAGGACGUGAAUGUCACAGGGCCAGAGCUGAAGGGGCCUGGGAUGGAUGUUCGCCUCAGAGGUGUGGACAUGAAAGGGCCUCAGAUCUCAUCUGAUGUGGACUUUAACUUGGAAGGACCAAAAAUGAAAGGCGGCUUCGGGGCCAGCGGUGAUAUCAAGGGUCCUGCUGUGGGAGUGGGUCUUGGGGGCAUCAACGUCAAAGGCUUGGAAGGCAGUAUCCAGAUGCCUGAUGUCAAGUUGCCCAGAUGUGAAGCAGAGCUGCCAGAUGUGAAUGUCAAACUCCCAUUGGGGAAACUUUCGGGUUCAGGCAUUGGUCUUCAUGGGGAAGCUCCUGAUGUGAGCCUCCAGGGACCUGCAUUCAAUCUCUCUUCACCCGAGGUCUCGGUAUCAGACCUAGGGGGGAUUGGUUUGAAGGGACCGAAAAUCCAAGGUGGUGUGGAUGUUUCUGGAGGUGUCAAAGCUCCAGACCUCAGCGUAGGGGGAGGACACGUGAACAUAAAGGGUGUGGGUGGAGAAUGGAAAGGGCCCCAGGUUUCUUCUGCUCUGGACCUGGGUGUGCCAAAGCUGGCUGGGGGGAUCCAUGUUUCAGGACCAAAGGUAGAAGGAGGUAUUAAGGGAGGCCAGGUGGGACUUCAGGGUCCUGGAGUGGGUGUGUCUGGCCCUCAAGUUCACCUGGAAAGUGUCUCUGGAAGAGUGACAUUCCCCAAGAUGAAGAUCCCCAAGUUUACGUCCUCAGAACGGGAGCUAGUGGGCAGAGAAGUGGGGGUGGAUGUGAACUUCCCGAAAGUGGAAGGCGGCAUUCAGGCUGCAGCUGACGAAGGGGAGUGGGAGGAGGCGGACAUCAAACUCAAAAAGUCCAAAAUCAGAAUGCCCAAAUUUACUUUUUCCAAAGCCAAAGGCAAGGGCAGUGCCACAAGCUCCCCAGAAGUGUCUAUGUCCGGCUCCAAAGGAGACCUCAAGAGCUCUAAGGCCAGCUUGGGCUCCUUGGAUGGGGAGCUCGAGGCAGAGGCAUCCUCACCAAAAGGCAAGUUCUCCUUCUUUAAGAGCAAAAAGCCCCGUCACCGGUCCAGUUCCUUCAGUGAUGAGAGGGAGCAUUCUGCUCCAGUCACCCCUACAGGCACCCUUGAGUUUGGAAGUGGGGAAGUGUCCGUCGAGGGUGGAAAGGUCAAAGGGAAACAUGGCAAACUGAAGUUUGGCACCUUUGGUGGGCUGGGGUCAAAGAGCAAAGGUCACUAUGAAGUCACCGGGAGUGAUGAAGAGGCUGGGAAGCUCCAGGGAAGUGGGGUGUCCCUGGCCUCCAAGAAGUCCAGGCUGUCUUCAUCAUCGAGUAAUGACAGCGGGACAAAGAUGGGCAUACAGUCACCAGAGAUGGAGUUGACUGUUUCCAAAAAGUAAGAGAAAAGGCCCUUUGUAUGUGUGCACGUGUAUAUAUAUAUAAAUAUAGGUUUGCAGUAGGUAGGCUUCUGUGUGUUUGUAUAUAAACUUCCAAAGAUUGACUCAAGGUCGAAAUCAGUGAUUGAAAUGGAGGCCCGGCUGGCACUUGGCCUGACCCCAGGUUAGGGUGAAGAGUCGGGCUGGGAUGAUAACGACAAAAGGAGGUGAAUUUUUUUUUUUAUUUUCCAAUCCAUCCUAUCUGCAAAUUAAGCAGUAUUUGCCUUCUUAAGAUUUCAGUUUGCUCAUUAAACGCUGAGAGCAUCUGUUUACUAAGCAAGCCUUGUGUUUAUCACUUUCAUUUUUAUGGAAUCUUUUCAGUGUUGGGGUCAUAGAAAUCUGACAUCCAUCUGAAUGCCUUUUUUUGGGGGGUAGGCUUUUGUUUGCAAGGGAUAGGAGGGUGGGAUGGGAGUAGGGGUGGGAUGGGGGGUGAGACUUCCAUUUUGGCCUCUUAGGAUGGAUAAUAUUCCAAAAUUGUCCUAUCGGACACACACCAGGAUGGCAGAGAAGUCUUCCCCAGGAAAAUUGGUUUUUAUUUUUUUUUGGUUGGGGGGGAGGUGGUGAUGGUGCCCUUUAGCACAUCAGAUCUCCCCCCAAGCUGGUAAUUCUGACCGAUUUUGGGUGUUCCUGGUGAGAGGGGGUUAGAUAGCUUCUCGCUUAUUGUGACUGACCCGCUUGACUGGGGUUUACAUACUUUGUACUAUAUGAGAUGUUUUUACCAGUGACUGCCACUUUUCUGAUAUUUGUCAUGGAUGCUUUUUAACAAAUAUUACCUGAUUAAGAAUCCAGCACUUUAAUGCCAAAUUAAUUCAGAAUGUAAGAAAAUUCAUGCUGUAAAAUGGAAAUAAAGCCGCUAACAAGUAAUCUGGA